GACGACUCGCUCGUGAACAGAUAUACUCAAAUGGCGGAGGGUUCUUCGGCGGGUUUGCACCUUGACGAGGACAGUGGAGAAACACCAGGUCAACUACUUUUGAUGGUAUAUCAAUUUGUGGAAAUAUAGGUGGUUUGCAACCAAUCUCUAGAGACACAGAUGUCCCUCCACUAGAGGAUAUGUCAGAACUGAUUAAUCAAGUCAACAAAUUACGAGAAAAUGUGACAGCUAAUCCUUCGUGUGAUCAAUCGGUAACAACUGAAGACAUGCAGCCAAAGAAGAAGGCAGUGUCCUCUCAGGGUCACAAGUCUGCUCAAAAUGAGAAGGCAUUUGGUGGAUUCAAGAAAGGUUUUCUGAUGAAUUCAAAACCUAAAAAGGAAACCUCCAACCCUAUGUCAAAACCUAUCAAGAAAGAUGCUGAUAUUCCUGUCAUCAAACCCAGAAAUCCCAAACAAAAGGGAAUGGAAAUUCAAGAAGUUCAAGAGGCAAUGAAAUCUAGUGGUGAACCAAGCUUGGAAGACAAAGACUGGGUUACUGAGGAUCUUUUGAAGAUAGUUCAGCAUGAACCUGCACUAUUAAACAGGCUCAUGGAUCCUAAGUUUAGAGCAGCUCUGGAACAAGUGGAAACAGAUCCUGUGAAAGCAUUGUCCAUGCUUCAAAAGGACCCAGAAAUGCAGAAAGUCAUGCAGGAGUUUGGUGGGCUGAUAGGGGAUUAUUUCACUGCUCUUGGAGAUUCCUAUGCUAAAGCCAAAGUAAACGGUGCUCAAGGAAGUGACAUUGGCAUGACAGAGAGAUCAAGAACAAGUCAACAGACUGCUGUACCCCCCUCCCCAGAGGAUGAGGCCAAAAUGAGAGAUAUUUUAUCAGACCCAGAAGUGAUGGAAGUGCUUCAAGAUCAUCAAAUACAGAGAUUAUUACCCAUGAUGAAAAACAAUCCGGAGGCAGCACAAUUGGAAGUUAACAAAGCUACUCCAGAAAUGAGGGCAAAGUUACAGAAACUGGUGGAAGUGGGACUGCUGGGCUUUGCUCAGUGACCCAUCUUAAAUUCCUGGAGCUGAACUCAGAUAUUAUGUACCAAGAGAGCAAAGAGAAAUGAGAUUAUUGUGCUUAAACAUUAGAAUGGAUUUAUCCACUGUGCUAACGUACAAAAAACAACCUUGUGGAUAGUGUCAUUUUGAUGGUUACUAAGCACUUUAUCAAUCUUUUAAUUCUCAGUACCUUCACAAAUCCCCUCACCACUUAAGUCAUUAAAGAAAACUGCUUCAACAAUAUUUUUCCUUACCGUUACUUACAGUGGCAAAACAACAGAUACCUACUGGAGUGCAUACCAGGAAACAGACUGUACAAAAACUUAUUUGGAAAGAAAAAAUCCUCUUAAAAGCUACCCAUAACUUAACAAAUAAUCCUUCUGCAAUACUCUCCAAGGCCCUAUUGCAACUGAUUAGGUGGCGAAUCUGACAACUGUUACACACUACUAUUAGCAUGGGCAAGCAAGUGAAGUAAACAUGUUUUUGAUAAGCAGAUCUACGAAUGAACACGGGAAAGUGUCCACUAUUUGUGACUAGAAGCUUUUAACCUUGUAGAGGUUACACAUUCCUGUUGUGACUGAAUGAGUUUGAAAUUCCUUUUUAAACUGAGUGGCACUCUGACUGCAUUAAAUACAAAAGAGUAAGAGUGCCCACAGUGUUACAAUCAUCAUGUUGAUAAUAAAGUUGAGAUUAAUGCA